GCUGGAAUGAGAAAAACAUGGUCAAUUCGUGACCCUCGAGAACAGGGGAAAAGAACCCACGUCCUGGCAUUCCAUCAGAGCGAAUUGGAGUGGGCCGCAUGUUGGGCUACAGAAAGGUCUACGAUACGGACGUUCAAUGCAAAGGCUUCCAGUCGAACGCUGUCUUCUUGUCCGAUGUCUUCCGUUGCCAAACAAUGUACAAACACAUCAGACCUUCUCCACUACCAUACAGCACAGAGGUAAGCACGUCACCAAUGGUUUUACGCGUUCUCACCACUCCCUUCCCUCAAUUCCAGCGAUGAUCAGUCACCAGACGCUGUACAACCUUGCCAACUCCCUCGGUGCUCUCGCCAUGAUCACCGUGGUUGCAUAUCACUUCGUGGCGGUCAACGCACGGUAUAUUUCAGCGAAUGGACAAGCGGGAAAGAAUUAAUUGGACAUGUAACCAGCAUUUUUGGGUUCCAUUGUCGACUUCCUCUGGGUCGACCACUCGGCCCAUUGCGUUUUAGACCACCUUUUUUCCCACCUUGUCUGUGGUUAACACUACAAACGUAAUUCGUUGAUUCGC